AUGGCGUCUAUAAUUAAGUCCUAUCUCGCAGCGUACAACCUCGCGCAAGCUCUUGGAUGGACCGUGGCUCUCGUGCUGCUGCUGCACGAUGCAAUCGUAUCGGGGUCCGUUAGUAACGCGUAUGCUGUCGCGGGCCCAAUUGUCGGCUACUGUCAGCUGGCGUCAGUAUUGGAGGUGCUCCACGCCGCCAUAGGCCUGGUGCACAGCGGUGUGCUGACAGCAGCCAUGCAGUGGAGCGGCCGCUCGCACGUGCUCUUCACAGUGCUGGGCCGCCAGCCGCAGCUCCAGAACCAGGUGUCAGUCUUCAUCCUCCUGCUCACCUGGUCGCUCUCCGAGGUGAUCCGCUACCCCCAGUACGCCUUGUCGCUGCUCGCCUGCUGCCCUCACUGGCUCACGUGGCUCAGGUACACGGCGUUCAUCCCACUCUACCCCAUCGGAAUCUUCGCAGGAGAGAUGGCGCUCAUGUACAGCUCGCUGCCACUGAUACAGCCGGAGAAGCCCUUCCAGCACAUAUUCGGCUACGUGCCCUUUGAAUACUACCACUUCAUCGUUGGCCUCUUGCUGUGCUACCCGUUCCUGUGGAUGCACCUGUACCGCCACAUGUUCCGGCAGCGACGCAAGAAGCUCAGCGGGGGGAGCAAAGGCGCAGGCGCGGGCAAGCGCACGGGGAGAAGCAAUGAGGAGAAGGGCAAGGGGAAGGUGGAGUGA